GCCUCUUACCCUUUAUCUGAGAUACCGGCGGAUUUUGCCAGCCUCCUCGAAUUCUUACCUUUUGUCCUGCGUUACACGCCGGGGAAGGGAAUUCUGGGAUCGUGGGUUAUGCGGAUCCAAAAUGUUUUUCAGAAAUAAAGAAGUUGUAAAACAAUGGAGACAAGUAUAUAUUUAUGUAUGUGUCUUGUGUGUAGACAUGUAGAUUCAGGGUUACAUCUCAGAGUGCUACUCGGUGUAUUUUCUGUGCACGUCCUUCCUACUUCAAUCUCGUGGUAUACCAGGGACCAUGUUUUUCCUUUCCUCACCAUACAGAAUACAAGAAAUGACGAUUCUGAAAAAGAAGCUGAUGACCAGAACAAGGGAUAGGAAGAUGACCUGUUUGCUUGAAGAGCGAGGGUGAAGAGCUACUUUUCAAAGGGUGAGACACAAGAAUGGCUUUUAGGAAUUUCCCCCCAAAGUAAUUUGUGACUGGAUCCUGUUGCCGAAACUUGGCCUCUGUUCACCGGUGCCGAAGAGAAAUGCGGAGACAGAGUUUUGGGUGAAGCAGAAAAGAGUAGCUUUUAUUGCUUUGCCAGGCAGAGGGGGCCACAGCGGGCUAAUGCCCUCAAGGCUGUGUGACCCACCCUGGAGGGAGUAGUGAGGAGCCUUACAGCGUUCGAGGAGCAGGGCGUGAUCAGCUCGCAGACAGUUCUCGGAUUGGCUGGCAUCAAAGUGAAGUUUCAAGCGUCAUCAACCUUCUGGUUUCAACCAGUCCAGGGUCUAUGUGCUUGUGGGCGGCGCUUUCCAUCCGGAGGGGGUCUGCUCCCUGUAAAACCACUUAGGAGUGUGUGUCGGGCCUUCAUCGGUAGCUUCAGUGAACUGGGAGUUCGGUGAUUCUGCCGUGUGGCGGAUUUAUAGUCUACAUUGCUGCCCGUUCCCCAGCCCAACAGCUGUUCUUUGUUUCUACACCUUCACAUUCCCGAAUCAUUAACUCUUGAGUCAGCACUUUACUGCAAAAGACAAGGGCACGGGGCCUCGUACACGGUUUCAAUCCUGACCAGCUCUGAGAUUUACACGAUGCAUAUGCUGUUGUUUUCAUAAAUGUUAACGUCCAUAAAAUGAAGUUCUUAAAAGCAUUAUUUGAGUUCUCCAUUGACUACUGAUUACACCAUCAAUGCCUUCCAGCCCUGGCAGCACAGGGAGGAAGGAAGAAUUGCUGGGAUGCUUGCAUCACCACAGGGCAAGAGGGCCUCAAAUUUUACUGCUUUAUCUUUAAGUAAGACUUCAUAGUUCGGCUGACUUUUCAUCCAUUCUUGCUGAUUCUGCCAGUGAGUUCCUCUGUAGUGACAGCCAAAGGCACUCAUGGAAAAUACUUAACCAAGCGUAAAGGCAGAAGUCGAGGUCACUUCAUCUACGACGGAAGUGGGGCAUGUGUCUACCUCAGGCCUGAGUCUUUCGCUGGGUCUUUUGGUAACUGGUGGCGGUGGUGGUGACAAUGUUUGAGUUAUUUUAUGUUUUAUCUUUAUUUUAUUUAUUUAUAUUUUUGGCCACGCCGGCGGGGGCCUGCGGGACCUUAGUUCCCCGACCACGGAUCGAACCCCUGCCCCCUGCAGUGGAAGCUCACAGUCUAAACACUGGACCGCCGGGGAAGGCCGUGAGUUUUUUGUUCAUGUUGUCGUUCGUUUUAGUUUCUCAACUGUUACUAGGAAAUGAUUGUGGAGCAAGUGCUUGGUUUUAAUUCUGGAAGGCAAAAGAACGUAACUAAGGACUUUUCCCGAGGAACGCUUUGAGAUCUUUAUGUCCAUUUGUGGUGUGACUUACCCACUUUUCAAUUAAGGAUUCUUAAUUAAAGGAAAACAAGCUUAUUUAUAGGUUUGAAUCAGUGUUAUAGAACAGUAGGUUUUCGACUGGGAUCCGCAGCCCACCCGCAUCAGAAACGUGUGGUCUGUGUUUACGUGAAAAACUGCCGACUCUAGGGCCUCACACCAACGAAACCUCCGGGGAUUGGAGCCCAGGAAGGAGCUUCUGUAAUCUCCACAGCUGAUUCUGAGGCACUCUAAAUGUAAGAACUGCCCUUUAAUAUUUUUAGAUAAGGGGAUUGUUACAAAAUGACAAGAGGGUAGAUCAUUCUUUUAAACUUAGACUUCAAGCAUUAGACAGUGAGGUGAGCUCUUCGUGCCAGUUUGUCUUCCCUGUUCUUCCCCACUCAGCCUAGGGACUCGUGCAGACAUUAGAGACAAAGUAGGCGAAGAAAAACUUAUUGCUUUACACACAUUUUGCUUUAAUAGCCACCGAAAGAUUGUUUCAUUUGCUCUCACUGACCCUGUCCACCAGUUAUGUUGGCCUUUAACGUAUCGCUGUAGCAGCAUGUAUAAAUAUAUAUCGUACAUUUAUUCACACGUACACACCUUCGAAAGCACUGCGAAGACACAGACUAGGCUUUAGCACAACUGGGGGCCGCUCACAUGUCACUUAAAAAUGGUCACCGGUUCAUUUACACAAGACUUUCAACAGGCUUGGUGUGGCCAGUAGCCCCCAAGUCCCAGGGAGAAGUUAGGAUGACAAAAUCGGACAGUAUGUUUAGAGUGGGGUCAGUACCCUUCUUGGAGCUCAUAAAAGAAUAGAAAUAGGAGGUCUAGGCUAAGCACGAGACGGCAUCUGGGAGUCGCUGCUCUCACCACGUGGAUUCAAAGAACUCAGGUGUUGCAGUGUAGACCGACGCCCAGCCUGACUGUGACCCAGCUGCGCUGGCCCCGGGUCAGGUCGUCGGGCCCCUGCCAGCACCGUCCUGCAGGGCACCGCUGCUCAGUCCUGAGCUUCUCCGUCUGCCGUGGAGCUCCAGCGUGGGGACCACAUGCUCCAUUGCUGGGAAGCAGGUCCUAUUUCCCCUGAGUUGACCCUCGGAGGAUGAGGCGAGAAAUGUGCUGUUGCUGGUUCCCAAGCCCCUGGCGCGUUCAGCAGCAGUGCCACAAGGUCCUCUACAAACUGUGCCUGUUUUGCUCAGUGCUGGGCCCGGUGGACCUUGGCUGGUUAUUCCUCAACUGCAGGAGAGGCCCUCUCUCUGCCUUUCGCCCUGCCCCACCAGGCCACAUCUCUGACUCCUUCCAGACCUUCCAGCAGGGUCGAAGAACUUCAUGACAGUGUAAAAGUUUGAGGUCUCUCACUUGUGGAAAAGCCUUAAGAUCUGUUUAAAGAGAAGGUGGGGUGAGUUCAUGACAGCCCUACAGAAAUUAAGACCUGUUGGCAAACUAUUUCUCCUGUGAAUUUUUUAUACACAGAAGAAUGAACAAUGAGAACUCCGCUGAGAUUUGUUUUGGAAGGAGAUAGGUAAGUGGUAUCAGGACAUGUGUAGACAACUUAAGAGUGACUGCUGAGGGAUUGGUUGCUAUCAAUGGUGACCUUCACAAGACCCCAGGCAGCCUUGUGUAUUAGCAUGGCCUAGGCAACUGGAAGGCAGGUGCCCCCCAGAUUCCAUGACCGCCCCCCCACCUACCAGUUCUGUUAUUGCAACUCCAGACGGUAACGUCGCAUGCUGGGUCCUCCUCUGUCACUCCUGUCUGAGUGUGAGCUAUAGACGGUGCCUUUGGCUCUGAGCGCUGGCAUAAUGAACCUUGUUUUUGCGGUUGCAAACCCUCAAGUUUCUCCCAACAGUAAGUUAAGAAUUCCAGUUUCUGUCAUCCCUCAGUCCUGAUUAAACUUAUGUGAUUUCACAUGUUUUUAAUCCAUCAUAUGUUUGGGUUUCUUCUCCCCAGUCCCUGGCUCUACCUUUUCUGCCACAUGUCACCAUGGCAGUAUCUCUUGGCCCUUUAUCUGAUCCGAGGGUAGAACUUACACUCAUGCAAAUCAACCAGGAGCUUCAGUUGUAGCUGGCAGAGAAGAAGCAGGACUUCCAAGACCUCCCAGAGAAAUUCCUUGUAUCCCAAGCUACUGCCUACUCCCUGGCCAACCAGCUGCAGAAAUACAAGUAUGAAGCAUUUAAGGACAUCAUUGAAUCUGUGCUGGGGGAGAAGCUGCUGUUUGAGGCGCUGAGGCUAGCAGAGAAGCUGGCAGAGAAGCCCACGCAAGCUGAGAGGACAUGUGAUAUCCUAACUCGAAGUCAGGCACGAGAGCUGACCCAGUUACAGCGGACAUUACGGGAAGUGAAAGAUGACUCUGUCCUACUCCAGCAGCACCUCAAGGACCUCCUCACCCACAACGACCUUGACAACCACCAGGGGCAGGGCUUCUAAGAGCGGCUGACUGAGGGACACAGGCUGGCAGAGCACCUUGCCCACAAGCUCAGCCCAGCUAAGGGGGCCACAGUACCUGAUAACAUUGAGCUGCUCCAAGGUCCCCUGCUCACAAGAGACUCCACACCUGCACUAGGAAUGUUUUUUAUCAGCUUUCCUGUUUCAUGUCCCAAAUUCGUGAAGAUGAGGAAGAUGAACAAGCACAAGAGAUACUCACAUCUAGGUAACAGUGAACUAGCAGGAGCUGGUAAUGGCGUGGAGCGGCAGGAGGUUGAAAAGAAGGAAGUGCCUCAGGACUCCCAGGAUGAAUGUGUUUUGACUCCUUCAAUUCUCCAAGGAAGUUCUGACUGCAACCAGCCUUACAGUGAUGGCAAAUUUGCAUUUGAUGAAUCAGAAGUGGGCCCUGCUCCGGAUGGAGCCUGUGGUUGCUCCCAUGCUAAAGAGGAUGAAAUUCCAACUGAUCUCCCAAACAAUCAAAAUGAUCAUAAGCAAGUGGAUGGACAAGAGCCAGUAUCCCCCAGCGUGAACCUACAGGAUGUUGGAAAGAAGGAAGUGCUCCAGGAAUCCCAAGAUGAAUGUGUUUUGGCUCCUUCAACUCCCCAGGAAGGUUCUAACUGCUACCAGCCUUACAGUGAUGAAAAAUUUGCAUUUGAUGAGGAGAAAGACUCUAUGACUGCUGAUCCCUCUUGGGUUAAUCUUCAGUCCUGCCUCCCCACCAGGCUCAGCAGGGAGCUGCCACAGAUGGUAGAGAAUGGUGUCCCACGGGACUCACUGGAUGAAUACUGUUUGAUUUACUCAAUUCUUCCUGGUCUGUCAGAUUCCUCCUGGCCUUAUACAAGUGCUGCCUUCUUCUCAUUUGAGGAAGUGGAUGUCUCUUAUGCUUGGGAUGUAACCACUGAGUAUUCUUUAUCAAUACAUGACUGGUCCCUUAACCCUCCCAUCAAAACCCGCCAGGACUCCGUGUUCACGAAUAUUUGCUGUUUAAUCAUCAGUCCUCCCGACCCCACAAAGCUCAGUCUGGAGCUGCUGGCGGUAGAAGAGAAUGAAGUCCAGCAGGACUCACUGGAUGAAUGUGAUUUGACUGGUUCUACUGGCCAUUGUCUGUCAGACUCCUGUACGCCUUACACAAGUGCCUCAUUCCAAUCGGAUAAAAGGGAGGUCUCCACAGUUCUAGACGUAAAUGGUGAGUACUCCCGUGACACCUGGGAGGACUGUCACCAAAGGCCUUUGAGUUUCCAAGGCCCAGGGGUACAAACUUCACAAGCACAGCUGCAGAAAAGCACCCACAUGACCAAUUAUCUGCAACUGCAGCUGGGCCAGCAUUUCAAUUGUGGGCACAGCAAAGCCACACUCGGUCUUUCCUCCACCAUCUGGGGCUUUACUGCCAACACCAAUUCUGGAAGCCAAGGACCACUCUUCCUAGGUAAAAAAUAAAAGGGGAUUAGGAAGCUCAAGUUGUCUCAGGGUUGAGGGUGGAGGGGGCAAUGGGGCCUUUCCCACUCCGUCUGUAGUAGGUCUGGUUGAAAUCUGUGAUGCUCUACCAGAGUGAGGUGAGCAAGAGCCUGGGAUUUAGGACCAGCUCUGCCUCAGGCCCUGGGUUUGCAAACUCCUGAUUGUUUCACUGGGCCAAGUUAUUCAUCUCCUUAGGUAUUCACAUCUCACAUCCCUCAUCUGAACUCUUGAAAAAUUACAUCCGCAUUCCAUGGUUGUUGGGAAUAUUAAGCAACAUGAUGUCCAGAAAGCCUGAUCAGUAAAAAUGGUUUGAUAACAACUAUGAAUAUAUAACAUCUAACCAUUGUGUCUUUCUGGUGCUUUAACACUUACAAAAUGAUUGCACAUGUGUUGUUUCCUCUGAGGUAGAGCACUUUUUUGAUCCCCACUUUCUCUGGGACCCGUGUUCCCUUGCUUCCUCAGAAAGGUAGGUUGGCCAGUAUUUUCCUCUCCUUUCAACAUCCACCCUCAAGUCAAUUUUCCCCUCCUAGGUUCUCUCAGUAACAGUGUAUUAGUAACAUUCUGUAGCAAUGUAAACCCUGGCCACACAACUCAGCCUCCAGUUAAUUUUCAUAUCCAGGUUAUUUUCCUUUUUUCCCCUCUUUUUAAAAUAAAGGGCCACCCUCACCCAUGAGGUGUACUGAUCUGUCUAUUUUAUGCCACUCCAUUUAGUUCAUAAUCUUCAUUCAUCUCCACGGCCAUGUCCUCAGUUUUCUUCUCCUUGGGAUCCACCUCUGCUCAGAUUUUCUUUUUAUUUUUCUUUGUUUGUUUGUUUUUGCGGUAUGCGGGCCUCUCACUGCUGUGGCCUCUCCUGUUGCGGAGCACCCGCUCCAGACGCGCAGGCUUAGCGGCCAUGGCUGAUGGGCCCAGCCGCUCCGCGGCAUGUGGGAUCUUCCCGGACCGGGGCACGAACCCGUGUCCCCUGCAUCGGCAGGCGGACUCUCAACCACUGCGCCACCAGGGAAGCCCGGAACUUUUUCUUUCUUUCUUUUUUUUUAUCAGUUGUAUUUUUCUUGACUUUUUUUUUUUUUUGGCAUUUGGGGACAUGUUUGCCCUGUGGUAGUCUUACCAAUACUGGGUAGUGUUAGGAAGAUCAACAAAAAGCAAAUACAAAAAUGUCUCCGUUGGUUUCCACUCACCACAGACUUUCAGAUGGCCUUUCUUGUUCCUGGACACUUUCCUUACUUGAUGUCCCUCCUGGGUGGGGAAGUAAGUCAUAGUAAGAUCAUGCAAAACAACAGCUCCUGUUGGCUGUGGUUUUAUCUUCAGAGCUGGGUUUGGAUGCUUCCAUUGGAAUGAAGAACCCUCCCAAGCUGGAGGGUGAGGUCUUAGCUGCCAGCAAGCAUGAGUGUCUGGUCUGUAGCAAGAUUAAUGCCUUAAGUGUCCUGAAACAGAAGAUUAUCACAAGAAAACUGCCGUUCAGCAAGUGGAGACUAGCAUGCCAAUUCCCUGGCCUUCAAGCUUAGGGUACAGAGGUAAUCGCAUCUGAGGCUCUUAUGUGUACUUCUUCCUUAUACUCUUUACCUAAGAUUAUAGCUCAGUCUCCCACUAUUUUUUCUCUUCCUCGUUUGUUUACUCAACAGCUGAUGCUACCUCGUCUGGUCUUUCCUCUCUUUUCCAUGGGGGCUGCCACCCUGCCAGGCCCUUCCAUCUCCAUCUCUUGUUUGCACUCUGAACUCUGUUGAGUUCCUAUAGCUGCUGUCCUGAUAUUCCCUCUGACCUUUCCUUUUAGCCACAGGGAAGCCCAGAUCCAUGGUCCUCCUCAUCAGAAGAGCAUCAUUUAGGCCACUGAACAUAUAGUCCUUCGCCUGAUCUCACACACUUUCUUGGUUUCUUUGCCUUAUUCUCCCUUCCCCGCUCCCAAACUCCACUGCCUAUUUCUACCAGGAUCAUGUGUUGAUGAAUCACUUGUAUGUGGGUUGGCUUUUGGAGAACCUUAUCUAGGAAAGCCCUUAACCCUCAACUUCUGCACAUGAAUAAGAAGAAAUGAAACAGGAAAAAGAGCCCUGAUUACAAAAACUAAGUAAGAACCUGGGUCAUAGAUGGGAGUGCUGGACUGGCCUGGAGUCACCUCAGCCCCAGGUGGGCAGUUCUGUGCUACUGUGCAUGGGGCUUCCAGGGACUCACUGGAGCUGGCAGUAGGUGGGGGACAGUAGAUGGCGCCCUAAAGGGACAUUAGCCAAAAGGAGAUGCAGAGGCCAGGUUUUCAAUAUGCAUAAAAGCAUGAAGUGCAUAGGCAUUCAGACCUCUCCCCUGUUUUCAAAUUACUCCUUCUACAUGUUCAGUAAAAAUCCUGAAAAAUGAACUCAGUUGGAAUCUGAGGCCAAGGAAUGUAGGAGAGCAUGGUAGUGAAUAAACUUUGGGCCAGAUUUAUGAAGACCCAGGGAAAUACACAAGAAUCCAAUAUAAUCAUUGCUUCAGACAAAUCUAAUUGAGAAGGCAAGUUAUUUAUAUGAGAGUGCCAGAGAAAGACCAAAAAAUCCUUAGGGCCAGUGGGAAAGAAAUCUGUGCUGGAGUAGAUGGAGAGAAGAAAAAGAAUGGUGUGAAAUAGUGUAGGUCUACUGAGUAGUUCUAAAUCAUGCUAUUAUAAAAUAAAAACUGGGUGAGUUUUUUUUUUGCGGUACGCGGGCCUCUCACUGUUGUGGCCUCUCCCCUUGCGGAGCACAGGCUCCGGACGCGCAGGCUCAGCGGCCGUGGCUCACGGGCCCAGCCGCUCUGCGGCAUGUGGGAUCCUCCCGGACCGGGGCACGCACCCGUGUCCCCUGCAGCGGCAGGUGGACUCUCAACCACUGCGCCACCAGGGAAGCCCCCUCUUUUUUUUUUUGAGGGAACCGGCGGUAGGAGCUGGAGGAGGGGCCCACCGGGCCCUUUAGACCCCCUAGUGGCAUAGGAUGGCUGCCCCACCGUGGGAGUGCCAGCAGCCUCCCUGCAGAGGCCCGAGGGAAUGCCCAGGCUGCCCCCAGACAGGGUCCAUGACACACUGGCUUAAAUCUACAAUUACAUAUAUUCAAUGAUGACCAGCUGUACAAAACUCAAAGUUUCCUCAGUCAACUCUUGAUGAGUGGAGUUUAUCCUUAAAGAUUCCUGAUGAUGGAAUGAGGACUCCCUAAGUAUGGCAUAUUUAAUACUUGUUUUCUAUUGCUUUGAUACAUGGACAGCUUGACUGAAUACGAAGGACUUGUCUACAAUGAAUUUAUUGAUUUUUAAAAUAAUAUGGUCUCGGUUUUUAUGUUCUGUUGAGAUGUAGAAUAUAAACUUGUUUUCUUUACAUUGAUGGCAAAGGGUGGUCUGGAGCUUCACAGGAAAUUUUUUCUUUUUUUAAAAAAAUCUUUUAGCUCUAAUAGGAGUUGACCAUUCCAGUUCUGUUUCUCCCAGGUCUCUAUGACUUUCUCUCUGAUCCUUUCUCAUUAUCUUUUAUUCAUUUCUAUUCUGUUUGAUACUUUCAUUUUUUAGUUCAAUGUCCCUUAUAAUUUUAGAUAAAUAUCAUCCCUUAUGUACCUUGUCAUUUAGCCUCUUUUUCAGAGAAUUUUCUGUUCCUUCAGUUUUUUCUAAUCUCUGCCAAUUCUAAUUUCUCAUUUCUUCUUUCUUGUCUACUUCUAUUUUGUGCUGUGUAUUUCUUAUGUGAAAUUUUGGAGCUUUUCCCCACGUAUUUGUGUGUGUGUGUGUGUGUGUGUGUGUGUGUCUACAAAUGCUUUGUUCAGAAACAAUUCAGAUACGGAUGCCAGUUUACAUUUUUCCUAUGUUUUGUGAUUGAUUUUUUUGUGUGUCUGUGAUUGAUUUUGAAGGGAACGUUUUUAUGAGCUGAAAAUUUUGACUCUCUAUGUUCUUUUUUCUUCUGUCACCUUGGAAUAAAUGUCUGCUGUAUGAUUUUCAUUUUA